GGAUUUUGGAGAGGAGGAGCAUGCACUUUUUUCCUCAUUUCACUACUACUACGUUUACCCUGCAGUCACGUUCACGCUUGCAUCACUUCAUCUCCACAUCUGGCUGCCCUCUCCAAACUAUACAAUAUUUGACCCUUUAGGCUUCUCUUCAGCGGUACACAGUUCCUGUGAAGGCUGAAGUGGUUCACCCGUGAAGCUGAUUCCACGCUUGCCGUUGGCCUCGGUGAACCUCUACAGUAGAUCCUUUGUCCCGGAAAAGGCCUGAGGGGACUGUGCACGGACGAUUAUCCCUCUGUGUAGUCAACAUACAAUUUUCAAUUCUGAUUUUCAGUUCCACCAUCAGCCAUGUUGAUUAUUUUGGCCUUGAUCAUCCUCUUCCACAUCACCUCAGCAAUACUACUCUUCAUAGCAACCAUCAGAAAUGUAUGGUGGGUUUGGGAGGAUUACACCUUAGAUCUCUGGUAUCACUGCAACUCCACAAACUGUUAUGAUAUACCAAACAGUGCAACCUCUGAUGCAGCCUAUCUUCAGACUGUUCAGGCCACCAUGAUACUGGCUACUAUCUUGUGCUGUGUGGGUUUCUUUGUCUUCAUCCUUCAGCUCUUCCGUCUGAAGCAGGGCGAGAGAUUUGUCUUCACAGCCAUCAUCCAGCUCUUGUCUGCUUUCUGUGUGAUGACCGGUGCAUCCAUCUACACAGCAGAGCACUUAAACUUCAAAGACAAGAAUUUUAAGAAUGGAGAGUACGGGUACGCCUUCGUUGUGGCCUGGGUCGCGUUCCCCAUGACGCUGCUGAGCGGCUUGAUGUAUCUAGUGCUAAGAAAACGCAAAUGAAGCACAACACACCACCUCACUAGCUGCCACCAGCUACAGCCUUAGCCAAGAGACUUUAUUUGUAAUGAUACUUGUUUUUAUAUGUAGAUUAAAUACUUGCCAAAGUUAGAACGAAGUAGAUCAUCUUAUUAAUCACUGCAUACUGGAAACUUAAUUAGAUUUUAUGCAUGUCACUUUUUUUAACCUUGUUGUGCAUAAUUUAGUUCUACCUGCCCAGUAAAAAAGUGCUGUGAUAUAGAGAGGUAAAAUAGGGCGUGGAAAAAAAGACAGGAGUGGGAGAUAUAAUACGACAUAUUUAUAACAUGAACCACUAUGGGCUCGACAUGUAUUCAUACACAAUGCAUGAAGUGAAAUUGGCCUUAUAUGUAACACUUAGCGUGUAGCAAAUAACAUGCUAGUGUGAUGUUUCCUGGUCAUUAUAUGUGCCUGGGGAAGAAGUCAUUAAACACAAAAUCUGAAAAUAUUGUGCUGCCAGUUCGCUGAGCACUAAAUCAUACUUGAAGCUGAACAAAUGAUCAAUAUUAGUGGCAUGAUGUGUUCUCGUGUAUAGUUUCUUUUUUUUUGUAAAAUAGUCUUUUAGUGUUGACUAAUUACAUUGCAUGUUUUUUUUAUUUGUUUGCAGCAUUUAAUUUGAAAUCACUAUUAACAUAAGUACAGAUCUGUAGUUCUUUAGGCAUUGUGUUUGAUUAGGGCACUUGGGAUUUAUUUUAUAUUCAUGCGAAUGACUUUAAGAUGGUGGUGUUGGGGAAGCACACCAAUGGUUUCAGUUUUCAUUACUAAUAUGUAAUCAUUUCGUCCUCAAAUCUGCUAUGGAAUAAAAAAAGCAAUUAGCUAAUAUUAUUUAGGCGAAUGUGAAGUUAAGCUGUAUUUAUUAAGACUAACUGCAUUGUUGCUGUUAAUAUAUUUUGUAAUGAAGUAUUAUAUCAACAGGCCUGAACAUGUUUGUUUAAUGCUUAAUUUUCAGAAGGUUUUAAUGAAUAUUAGUGAAGGCUUUUGUAAUUGGAAUGAAACCACAAUGGCAGCUUUGUUUUUAAAUGUCUGCUGAGUUGUUCAGGUCAGGUCUGUUUCUGGAGACUGAUCCCCACCAAGGGCUCAAUAUUGUUCUUUUUUUUUUAUCAAAUAAAUGUAUUUGACAUUAACAAACAGAUGGAGACUCUUUCUGUUGUGAUGUAUACGGUAGGUCUCAAGAAAUGGCAGUAAAUAUGACCCGAGACAUUUCAGUCAUGAAAAAGA